UUGCCCACCUUGCGCAGUCGCCAAGCUAAGUACAAGUUCUGAAAAGAAAGACAGGAAACCCAAGCAAAAACUAUCAUUUAACCCCUGACCGAGGGGCGAUCAUAGCAACCUGCAUGGUGUGAGAUUGAGUCAUACUGAAUGAGGCAGACUAUUUUAAGAUAAACUUGAAAAGGCUAGCACUGCAGGGAAAGCAAAGGAAAGAAGUAUGCCAUCAGCGACCCAGCAAGACCAUGGUAUUCAAGAUGUAUGGGCAAGCAACCUUGAGGAAGAAUUUGCAAAAAUCAGACAAAUGGUCCCAAAAUACAGAUACAUUGCAAUGGACACAGAGUUUCCAGGUGUUGUAGCCAGGCCAAUAGGAGAGUUCAGGAGUACUGCAGACUACCAAUACCAGUUACUAAGGUGUAAUGUAGAUCUCCUCAAAGUAAUACAGAUAGGACUGACUUUUUUAGAUGACAAUGGACAGGCUCCCACACCACAUUCUACGUGGCAGUUUAACUUCAAGUUUAAUCUCACAGAAGAUAUGUACGCGCAGGAUUCCAUAGAUCUCCUCACCAAGUCUGGCAUCCAGUUUGCGCAGCACCAAGAGGACGGAGUGGACGUCCACGACUUUGCAGAACUUCUGAUGACCUCUGGGAUUGUUCUCAGCGACCAAAUACGAUGGCUGUCUUUUCAUAGUGGCUAUGACUUUGGAUACUUGCUGAAACUUCUGACCAAUGUAAACUUGCCCUCAGAGGAACAGGAAUUCUUUGAACUGUUAAGGAUAUUCUUCCCUAACAUCUAUGAUGUGAAAUAUCUGAUGAAGAGCUGUAAAAACUUGAAAGGAGGACUACAAGAGGUAGCUGACCAACUAGAACUUACAAGGAUAGGUCCACAGCAUCAAGCAGGCAGUGAUGCCCUCCUGACAGGACACGCUUUCUUUAAGAUGAGAGAGAUGUUCUUUGAGGAUAACAUUGAUGAUGCCAAAUACUGUGGGCAUCUUUAUGGACUUGGUUCUUCAUAUGUACAAAAUGGCACAAACUUUGAAAACCAGGCCUAUCAGAAUCAUACCAAUAACGCCAUCAAUAACAAUGACGUAACAGCAGCAUCAACACCCACGCCCACAUCGUCUACUGCAGCAACACCAACACUGACUAGUUAACAUUAAGGAAUAGUAUUUUUAGAA